GCAGCCAGGUCUAUCUAACCGUCCGUCUUGAGGUAGGCAGGCUAGCUAGCUAGUGUAAGGCACGCACGGGCAGCAACAUGGACGUUGGGUCGUCGUCGACAGCACCACCGCCCCAGGCGGAGAAUCCUCCGAGACCACGGCCCUCGGUGCAAGGAUCAUCGUCGUUCGAGGAGACGGAGACGACACCACCGCCACGGCUCCCACCAGCAGAGAUUUUGGAGCAAGGAUCAUCGUCGUUCGAGGAGACGGAGACGACACCACUACCACGGCUCCCGCUAGCAGAGAUUUCGGAGGAAGGAUCAUCGUCGUUCGAGGAGACGGAGACGACACCACCGCCACGGCUCCCACCAGCAGAGAUUUUGGAGCAAGGAUCGCCGUCGUCCGAGGAGACGGAGACGGAGACGCUCCCGAGGCCAAGACCACGGCCGUCGUGGCCGAGGGAACGGCUCCCGAAGCCCAAGUAUGGGGAGGCCAUCACGGUGCUGAGCAUCGACGGUGGAGGGAUACGCGGGCUCAUCCCGGCGGUCGUCCUCCAGAAACUCGAGGAAAAGCUCAAACUUGUCGAGAAGGAGGACAAUCCUACUGUCAAAAUGGAAAAUAUCCAUAUAGCGGACUACUUGGACGUGAUCGCUGGCACGAGCACGGGCGGCCUCAUAGCGGCCAUGUUGGCGACGCCAGACGAUCAAGGGAGGCCAAAGUACACCCCUCAAGAAAUCGAGGAGUUCUACACCAGACACGGGCCUAAGAUCUUCCCUCCCAAGAGGUGGUGGUGGCGGGGGGCAAUAAUGGGCAUGGCACGCGCGAUCUGUCGUUGUGCGCCCAAAUACGACGGCACGUUCCUCCACGACAAGAUCAAGGAAGUCACGGGCGAAACCAAACUCGACGAAACCCUGACCACACUCGUGCUGCCUACGUUCGACGUCAAGAGGCUGGAGCCUAUCAUCUUCUCAUCAUACAAGGACGACACAGAGACCAAACCGUACCUGUCGGACGUCUGCAUCGGCACGUCGGCCGCGCCCACCUACUUCCCGGCGCAUCGCAUUGAUCGCGCCAAUGGGGGGGAAUACCACCUCAUCGACGGCGGCGUGGCCGCCAACAACCCCACCAUGGCUGCCAUUGCAAGGGUCAUCGGGGAGACUCUGCACAGAAAAGAGGACCUCCACGCCCUGGAUUACAAGAGAUACCUCGUCAUCUCCAUCGGGACAGGGUCUGCGGUGAAGGCAAAGGGGGAAUACACCGCCAAGGGUUGUGCCAAGUGGUCCGACUUAAACUGGGUCAGCAACGGGCGCCGCAAGCCCAUCAUCGACAUCCUCUCCCAGGCCAGCGACGUGUUGGUCGACUGGCACGUCAGCAUGCUCCUACACAACACCCACAAGACCGACCAGGAGCAGAACUACCUCCGCAUCCAGGCUGUGGAUCCAUUGUUCGAGGAGCACAUGUUGUCAAUGGACACCGCGACUCGGGAGAACAUGGAUAAACUGGUCAGCAUCGGCGAGCAGCUACUGAAGAAGAAAGUGGCUAGGGUAGACUUGACCACGGGGGUGUACCAGUUCGACGAGGAGGACCAUGCACGCACAAACGAUGAAGAGAUCGAGCGCUUCGCCCGAUCGCUCGUCAACGAGCGCAUUCUGCGUCUCCAGAACAAAAAAAAGAUAACAAUAUUAAUAAUAAGAAGGCAGUGGCUCGAUAUGGUGAUGCAUUAACGCGCGAGUCCAUAGAAAAACCUAAUCAACGCGCGAAGAAGGCAAUGGCUCAAGAAGUUGAAGAAGAAGAAGAAGAAGAA